CGGAUUUUGCAUUUUGGGGACAAAUGGACCAAAACUUCCAGUUCCAGACCCAGCUGGACUCCUUCCUGCUGGACUACACCACAGCCGGAGGACAGCUGUCUCCCUGGUCCUCCUUCGGCAGUCAGUCCAUGUUCCCGGACGCACAGCUGACCUUCACCGACCUGGACGUGCAGUCUCCGGGUGCGGACGUCUGUACCGAGGGGGACAGCUCGUCCAUGGAUGAUCCUCUGGAGGGGUCCCAGCGCCGGGCCCGGAGGAUGCUGGCCCAGCCGCCCUUCAAGGUGCAGAGACACGCCGCCAACAUCCGGGAGAGGAAGAGGAUGCUGAGCAUCAACUCAGCCUUCGAGGAGCUGCGAUGCCACGUGCCGACCUUUCCCUACGAGAAGCGGCUGUCCAAGAUCGACACGCUGCGGCUGGCCAUAGCCUACAUCGCCCUGCUCAGAGAGAUCCUACUGUCAGGAUGCGACCCCAAGUCCUACGUGGACGAGUGCAUGAAGAACGGCUACAAGAACCAGACCAACGCCAUCUGGAACACCAGCGAUCUGACAGCCCGCCUCUCUUGGAUAAAGUGGGAUUAACUGAGGAACAUGGGGCACCCCCAAGUGUGGAGAUGGCAGCGGGGAGGAGGUUCAGGUUUGUUCCUGCCUCUUCUCUCUCUCUCUGUCUCUACAUGUCAAAGACAGGCGGACGGCCUGCGUGACAGAGACGGCCGAUCGACAUCUGCGGACUUCUCAUCGGGUCACACAGCUCAGGCUUUCUCAACCUCACCCACUCCUCCGUCCUCUGUGGCUUUUAAUAUUCUAAUUUAUUGUUGACUGGUAAUUGAGAGCCAUUGUUUCUGGGGCUUGGGAGGGAAGGAGGGUUGGCAUUGUUUGCCCAAAUGGAUGGCACUUGUCACGGAGACUGGCAUGAGACUGAAUGGACUUCCUAAGGGCUCAUACUUCUGCAUGUAGCGCUCAAGUGUUUUCUGGACUCCCGCUCAUUAGUCUGCGAGUCGAUGUGUUAAAAAGAGCCUUGAUCAUGUAAAUGAGACAAUGGGCGUGAGAAGCAGAUCGGUGCAAUGUGUUUUAGCAUGUCAGGUGCUGUUUCCAAACAUGGCAACGAGACUAGUAGCGCACAAUUUUUGUUCAUGUGCAACCUCUAUCAUCUGUUGUAUUAUUUAUGUAUUUAUUUAAUUAUUUAUUUAUGUAUUUAUUUUUUAAUUAUUUAUGACGAAAUAUACCUGUACUACUUUCUUGGACAUGUAUGUCAACAAACUGUGAUUAUUUAUUGUGCUUAUUGUGAUUUACUGUACAUUUGAACCUAUUCCAUGUUAUGUGAAAGUGUCAUUUUCCUGGAAUGGAUCACCACAGAAAAACAUGUUUUAUGACAGUUUAAU